CCAGCUCAUACCCACCGGUCUUUUCUGACCUCCUCCUCUCGCACAUCAUCAUCGAGUUGCCCACUCCUUUGUUUCUUCAAUUCUCCUGCCUCCGGUGCCUUCGUUCUUUACAAGAAUUGCAUUCUCGCAGCCGGUGUCCUCUCGUCCUUCUUUGGAGGCUUUGGCCCUUGUUUUUGGCCCUUUCAUCCCACCCCGCACCUGCAGUGCAGUACACAGUCCCUUGCCUCGCGGUAUAGCUACCUAGCCCAGCUUGGCUGCUUGGUUUUCCCUUGUUGGCACACAAUCGCUCGCGCAAACGAUCUGCGAUCUCGACCUCACCUUCUUCCCGUCAAUCAAUCCGACCAUAAUUUUGGCCGACCUCAAGUACAGCCCUCAAACGACAAAAGAUCGAAUUGGACUUUAACAUCCUUCGCUCCCGCCUCCCUAUACGUAGCUCAUUGCAUUGCACAGCAUCACUAUUCCCGUACGUGCGCCUGCGCAUUGUCGCAACGCCAAUCGCUCUCUCGACAUAAACAGUCGACUUUGAGCCUCCCAGGCCACGACGCCAUGGCUCCUUCCUCCAGACACUCCAGCAAUCUGGGGCAAAUCAUCGAGUACAUUCCCGACCGAUUGUACCUUGCAUCUUACUCUGAACCUCCUACCGAGCAUACCUUGUUUCCCUACCCGGAUCCUGAACCACGGUCCCCGCGCAAGCGCUCUCAACGAACAAUCGACCAGGUCACGGAGCGUAAGAAGCCAUACUACUUCACUGUCGACGAUACUCUUCUAUACAAUGCCUUCCACCACGAUUUUGGCCCGUUCCACAUCGGCCACCUUUACCGCUUCGCCCUGCAGUUCCACGAAAUUCUUGGGGCCAAGGAGAACAAAGACAGGCCGGUAGUGUUCUGGAGCAGGGCCGAUCCACGCAGUCGUGCCAAUGCCUCUUGUCUACUAGCUUGCUACAUGGUUUUGAUCCAAUCGUGGCCUCCGCAUCUAGCUCUUGCGCCGGUCGCCCAGGUUGACCCCCCUCUAAUGCCGUUCAGAGACGCCGGCUACAGCCAGGCCGACUACGGCAUCACGGUUCAGGACGUUGUGUACGGCGUUUGGAAGGCCAAGGAGGAAGGCUGCUGCGUGUUGGAGACAUUCGACCUUGACGAGUACGAAAAGUUUGAGAGAGUUGAGCACGGCGACUUCAACUGGAUUACACCCAACUUCCUGGCAUUUGCCUCUCCUCAGCAUACCCCGGUUGCUCCCACCCCCGAGGGGACCGAGCAGUGGUCACUUCUGCCAAAGACCCUAGCCGCCGUCGACGCACAUCCUACGCUGCCGCAGCCCUUCAAAAAUGUUCUCAGGCAUUUCUCGGAGCGAGACAUCGGCCUUGUCGUCAGGCUGAACUCGCAGCUCUACAAUCCCUCAUACUUUGAAGCCCUAGGAAUCAACCACAUCGACAUGAUCUUUGAGGACGGAACAUGUCCUACCCUUUCGACCGUACGGAAAUUCAUCCGCAUGGCCCAUGAAACCAUCUCUAGGAAGAAGGGCAUUGCUGUUCAUUGCAAAGCUGGCCUCGGCCGAACAGGCUGCCUCAUCGGUGCCUACCUGAUCUACCGACAUGGAUUUACAGCAAACGAGGUCAUUGCCUACAUGCGCUUCAUGCGCCCAGGCAUGGUCGUAGGGCCUCAGCAGCACUGGUUACAUCUGAACCAGGGCAUCUUCCGGGAGUGGUGGAUUGAGGAGCGGGUUGAGCGGAGGCUGCGCAAAGAAAUGGCAGCCGCUGCCGCCGCCGCCGCUCAGGCUAACGGGACAGCGCAUCCCAGCACCCCUGUCCGUGCCGUGUCGAAGACGAGUCUUGGUCGUAGCUCUAGCAAAAAUGGCGUGUCCACACCCUCUAACAGAGGAUCAGUUCGGACACCGCUAGGCGAGAUCGAUCGGGAGUCGGCGCGUGACAAUCAUAUCGGCGUACAAGAGGAUUACCUCCCCGCACCUACGCCAGGACAGCCAAGGAAGACGCAGCGGGGCGCAGUAGAUCGCCAGAAAGGAUAUGGCCGGGGACCUAUUCAGACCACUGUGGAGGAAGAACCCGUUCCCAUGACAGAAGUGACAACCGAGGUGAUCACAGUUCACAAGAGCUCAAGAGGGCCGAGUUCAGAGGAGGAAUGGAAUCUUCGAAGAUCUCGGCGAAGACAGUCUGCUGCUCCAACUUCACCAGGACAACCCCCCGAACGGUCUGUCACCCACCAAACCGCUACCACGAAAACGACUGUUUAUCAAGUCAUGGAUAAUGAUGCAUCGAACGAUAUCGAGAACAUUGGUACUGCCGCAGCACGAAUCAAGGCCCAUGACCACGCUCCACGCACUAGUUCCGCGUCUGGAGUUUUGACCAAGAUACGAGGCAACACUAGUGCGAAACGCCAUCCACCUGGGAGCGUCAGAGAAGCUGGUGUUCGAAAGACGAGUGGACGAGUUGGGAGUAUAGGGAACUCGACAACCAGUCCGGCCGCUGUAUCGGCAAUGCGUAAAAUAAGUGGGAUGUGACCCUAUUCUCAUGAGUCAAAAGAUUAUACUUGACUUGAUGUGUUACAAACGAAAGCUCGGAUUCAUUGGCUUCAUAAUUCAUUUGAGAUACAAAAAGAAAAGGUGCGUUCAAGAGCAUAGGGUUAUGCCUUUGGGAGUCUUGGGUUUCUCAGUGGCAGCAAGCAAACUUGGAGCAUUCAGCGAGCGAGAUGCAGCAUACUGUUUUAACCAUCACGUUUGCAUGAUCAGCACUUCUUUUUUUUUUUUUUUUCACGCAUGACGGCCUCUCUGGCAUAGAGGCUUUGUCUUUGGAGGCGUUUUCUUCUGGUUUGCAAGGUCAUACUUGGGUUGUGAAGGAUACUACGAUAUAUAUCGCAUGGGUAUGAGCAUGGAAAUGAGGGCGAGGAGACAAAGGUGAUUUCCUUUUUUUUUUUUCUAAGCCGGGUCAUAUUCUGGCAUGACUUCUUUGGUUGCACGUGGGAUUUGGACUACUUUUUCGAUUCGUCAUCGAUGGAUGAUGAAGUUUCUGUGUUCGAGUACUGCUGUAUGGAGUCAUGGAAAAGAUCAGAUCGGUUAGACGCCUGGCACUCGAACAAUAUCACGGCUUUUCAGUUGCAGUUCUGGCUUCCAGUGAAAUCUGAGCCUGAUGAUACUUAGGUUGAUGUUCACUCCCAGCCAUAAUUGCAGUGCAGCACCAUGGUCCCGACUAAAGUCUACGGUAGCUGUUUCACGACAACUGAGGAAGGC